GUAGUAUCAAUUUGUCGUUUGAGUCCAACGCAUCUCUUUGGAUAUUGCAAUCAGCACAGUUGCGUUUGCGUCUAAAUUUGUCUAAUUGAAUUAUUGAUUUAAAGUGAUCAGCAGAGGUACUUAUUCAAAAUGAUUAUCGCCUUAACGUUUCUGGCAACGAUCCUUUUCGUGUUGAUAAAGAUCGCCGUUACUAAGCAUCGUAAAAUGAAAUACGUUCGACAUCUUCCCGCACCCUCCGAAUAUCCAAUUAUCGGAAGUAGUAUAUCGUUUGUGGGGAAAAAUAAUCAACAAAUUUUGGAAGACACUUUGAAAAUGUGUGCCGAUUUAUCAAUGCCGUUUCGACUGUGGUUCGGUCAAUAUCUUGUACUAUUUGUGGACAAACCGGAAGAUUGUCAAACCAUUUUGAAUGCAGAGACGUGCUUAGACAAAUCAUUCGUUUAUCGAUUUCUGCAAAAAGAUGUGGCACUGUUCACAGCACCAGCUAACGUGUGGAGACCUCACCGGAAAAUGUUGAAUUCAACGUUCAAUUUCAACAUACUGAACUCGUUUCUACCAAUUUUUAAUGAUAAAGCCAAAUUAAUGGUCACGAACAUGGAAAAAGAGCUUGGUAAAGACCAAUUUGAUGUAUCAACAUAUCUGUUUGCUUGUACGUUGGACAUGGUUUGUGGUACAACAUUGGGUUACAAUGUCGGUGUGCAAAGUGGUCAAAAUCAGGAUUAUUUGGAGGGAAUCGAGAAGUCAUUAACUAUGAUAGCACAACGAAUUGUCAACGUGUUCCAUCAUUUUGAUUUUAUCUACAAGCUAACAAACACAUAUAAGACUGAAAGGAAAUAUUUGGACAUUGCUGAAUCCCUUCCGGACAGGAUCAUUAAAUCGAAGAAGGAAGAAUUUUUUGCAACGCCCGAGAAAGACCAGGAUAAAGAGUCGGACGAGAAUGAAAACUUUAAGACGCCGCAAAUUUUCAUUCAGCAACUGUUCAAGUUGUACAAAAAGAAAUUGGUUGACGAUACAAUGAUCAAAGAUCAAGUGAAUCUGUUAAUUUUCGGGGGAAACGACACAUCUGCUCUGGCGACAUCACAUGCCAUUUUAUUGUUGGCAAUGCAUCCAGAAGUUCAAAAGAGGGCUGUCAAAGAAUUGGAAGAAGUUUACGACGAUGAGAACACUGACAGUGAUUUCGAAAAAUUGUCAAGGCUUCCCUAUCUGGAAAUGAUCGUCAAAGAAGCUAUGAGACUGUAUCCUGUAGCACCAUUUUUAUCACGAAAGUGCUCUGGAGACACGCAGAUAACUGACUGUGUCAUCCCCGAAGACACUGUCAUAAUUCUAUCCGUCUACCAUCUACAUAGGAACAAAGAGAUUUGGGGUCCGAAUGCUGACUCUUUUGAUCCGGAAAAUUUCCUUCCCGAAAGAAUGGCCAAGCGACACUCUUGUUGCUAUCUCCCGUUUUCAUCCGGUCCCCGAAAUUGUCUAGGCAUGAAAUACGCCUAUCUGUCGAUGAAAACAAUGCUGUCCGCGCUACUGCGUCACUACAAAUUCAGCACCAGCCUGAAAAUGGAGGAUUUGCAGUGGAAAUUCGAAAUAACAAUGAAAUUGGUGAACACACAUUUGGUUCGAGUAGAAAAGAGAAAUUUCAAGCAAUCGAGUGAUAAAAUCUAACCGCGCGUGCACCGGAAAAUCCUUCAGUUAAUUUUACUCUAUGUGAAUGUGUGCUGCAUGUAUAUGAUGAGGUAUGUGUAUAAUAUAUGUAACUAAAGUCAACUAAACAGCCAACACAGUGGGUCAUACAUUUCAUACGAACAGUAUUGGUCAGUUUGUAAUUUAUUUGCGCAAGGUUCAAACGCUUAAACGAGAGUAAACAAAAAUUUCAAUUUCAUUUUCAAUUUUAAGCAAAUAAAUGGCUCUGAUUCAACACGACAACCGACGGAAGAUGAUUUUUA